AUGGCAAUGCACUAUGAAACCAUACAAGAAAAGUUUGGUCAGUGUCCUUCACCAAUUGCCCUUGGACCAAAUGACACUGGCAAAACAACAGCAGCCAAGGCUUUUUUAUCACUUGUUGGAAAUCAGGAGAAAGGUCUUGCAAGACAGCUGCAGAGGCAAGUUUGAAAUGUGCAUCGUCGACCAUCCCAUAUGUGUUUGAUGAUCCAGAUAACCUAGAUGACGUCAGGGUAUUAAUCAAUAAUACCUUCAAUGGACAAGUGCGAGCAACUGUGAAGUCAACACAUGUCCCAAAAACUACAUGUCUUUAUACACUCAAUGAAGAUAAGUUACCAAGGCUGUUAACCAACACCAGGUAACAUUUGUUUUUAGCCUACUAGUAUUGUCGUAAUUGAAUUGGCCUUUCUAAAUGAUUAAUUUGCAGCAAACAAUGUACUGAUUUCCAUAUGAAUUAAUAAUGUAAUGGUUGCAUAGUUUGUGGUUAUAACAAAUAAUUUUGCUUUGUUUGUUUGUUUGUUUGUUUGUGUUUGACAGUUUGGGUUUAGUGACAUUUACAGCACAUUUGCAAUUGAGUAUAAGGAUAAAAGUGAUAAUCAUGGCGUGACAGCGUAAUCGGGCAUAAAUUGAGCGAGACAUGAGCGAUAAUGAGCGUGACGAUACACAGCGAUACACGGCGUGUCUCAAACAUGACAUUUUCCAGCGAGACAUUGGGCGAGACAUGAAAUGAAACACUUAAUUUUGCCAUUGCAUAUUUAUGACAAAUAUGAAAAUCGGAUUUUAAUUUCGGCCUUGAAUAUUUUGUACUUGUAGGCCUUUCUAUUCCAGCACAUUUCUGUCACUGUAAAACGUAUAAACAUCUAAAGUUUUUCAUACCUAUAAAAAUAUUGUUCGCAAUGCAUGGUUUUGAAAGCGUAAUAAUUACAUUUAAAGUAAAUGAUGUAAUGCGGUAUCACGCACAGAACUCGAUCUGUACAGAACAGGUAAACGUUGAGAUUAAUUACUUACAUUUAGAAGAAACUUGAAGACUGUCUCCAAUGCAUAUACUGCCAACGCCUUGAAUAUCAAAGUCGCACAGAAAUUUUGCGAGGGACACUAUUGAUUUGACUUUAACGUCGCCUGGCUGAAGAAUUACCGAGAAUGCAGCGCGAUAUAUAACGAUGAUCAUUGUUGAAAAUCCGCAACUUUUCCCUUGUUCGACCGACCGUGUAUGGUUCGCUGCUUGGAAGCGAUGCGUGUGUACAGCAAAAUAAAUUUUAACCAACUCAAAUUGCGCGCCUUAAUGUCAUCCGAGACAAAACAAAUUAAAUUUUUAACGUAACGCUCUUGUCGUGCUCAGUUUCUUUCAAUUUUCGCCGGAUAUGAUAAUAAUCUCACAAUUUCAUGGCACGCAAAGGAAUUUCUGUUGCUUGUCUCGCUCUGCCUUGCUAUAUUAUUGUCCAUGUUUUGCUGUAAAAGCAGCGUGACAAUUGUCUCGUUUGAGCGAGACAAUUUGUCUUGCGAUGUCACGCUCAUUCAGGCCAAAUUCUCGGCCAUAAACAAGCGAUACAAAUGUCUCGUUCGUAACAGGCAGCGAGACAAAACCAAUGUCUGGUUGCGUCUCGCUCAAUUACCGCUGCUUUAAUUAGUUAAUGGCCAGAUUCUGGCCAGAAUCUCGCUCAGUCAGGCUGUAAAUUUUUGUACGGGAAUUAUCUGCAAAUUCUAAUUGUGCCAACACUUAAAUCCAAUGAUUAUAGUUUCAAAAAUGCCACCGUCUUGACUGAAUCUGCAUGCUUGACUAAAUGUACUGACCAUACUGUACAUAAUUCACUCAGUACUGCAUUUACUGACCCAUGCAUUUGCACUAGCAAUUUUUGCUGCAAUUUUCUUCUGAUGGAUAUAAACGAGUGGAACAGUAUAUAACUCAUGAACUCGUUCACAUCCAUCAAACUGGCAAAGAAAAUCGCAUCAGAAAUUGCAAGUUUAAAUGGGCCUUAGAGUAAUACAUGAACAGAUUUAUAUUUUAGUUAAAAAAAUUAACUUUCUUUAUUCUGAUAUAUUCUUGUUUUCAUGUAGAGAGAAAGGAAGGGUGGUUCUAUUACCUUUCCCUGCUGUAACAACGCCAACUGGGAUAUCUCAACAACUUACCUACAUGAAAAAUCUUGACAAAGCAAAAAAGAAGGCAAGCAGAGCCAUAGGCUUGCUGAUAUCACUUGGCAAAGAAUUGGAAACUGAUGAAAAUUUUAUCAGUGAUGAAUGUAUUCCCAUUGUUUUGGAAUGCUUUGGUGAAGAUGUUGGACCUAGAGUUUUGAGAAAUUAUAUUAUUUUAAUGUUCUUCAUCCGAAAGGUCAGUCAUAAACCAAAUUUAUACCUUAAAUUUACAGUACCUUAAUUACACAAAUACAAUUAUAAUAAUUUAUUAUAAUAUAAUUAAUCCUUUAAGUGGCAUUAUGCGCUCUACUUUAGUAUUUUACUCUGUCCAACGCCAGACGAUUUUACUGAAGAGUGGUGUCGCAGUUCUGUCAACUAUGUAAAUCAUGCCACAAUCAGAAAUUACCACCGAUCAAAGAUUGUUCAAUUUCACAAUUGGCUGGACAACCUAAUCAGUGUUGAUUUUUGUAUUGUUUGUUAUUCCAGACAUUGCACUCUCACACUGCCCUCUUCAUGAUUGGCCAUGCCAAUUUAGGCUUGAUUCUUGCCAUGGUUGCAUGGCUAUAUGCUACAACAGCCAGGGAAUGUGGCUCACUGUCUGAUUUCAGUGGCUUAUUAACCAUUGAGUGGCAGCACUCUCCACCUGAUGAAUGAAAUUGUCUGGCGUUAUAAUACAGAGUAAAAUUAUAAAGUUGGGUGCAUCGGGGUGCAUUGCAAUUUAAAGGGUUAACUGACUGAACUCCAAUUGUAUUUUUAAUUUAUUUAUCCUAACAUUGUUUCUCAUAUAAAUAUUCAAGCUGAUGAAUCUUUAUCCUGACAAUUGCCCAUCAAUGGAUGAGUUACAAGAUUACUUUAAGAAUGAAGUCGCCGAGAUGUGCCUUAAAUUCCAAAUACCCUCAGCAGUUGUGAUGUAAUCUCCAGACAGCACUCCUCAUUAUAUAGGAGUGAUUAAUAGUCUGAUAGAAGAAAUGGUUGUGAAGUUAGCUGAUGAAACACCUAGUCAGGUAUAUUUAUACAUACACAGCAUUUAUUUAUGCUGUUUGAUUUCAUAUAACGUAAACUUGAGGCGACUGCAGCCGAGAGUUGUUUUUUUUUUAUUUAAUUAAGCUAAUUUAAAGCACAGACUGAGAGUGUUUUAAAGGGUUACGGUUCACUAGUCCGAAGGUUCACUAGUCCGAAGGUUCACUAGUCCGAAGGUUCACUACUCCGAAGGUUCACUAGUCCAAAACAUACAUUGGUUUUGAAUUGCAAUUACGUGUUAAACUUGGCUGCUUCCCAGUUAAGCAUUUUUCGUACUUGCAUAUACACGCACGGAAAAAUUUAAAUCCACUUGAAAGUCUUUUGUCCACUUAAGAAAUAAUUAAAUGAAUAAAAGGAUAGCAUUUAGUUUUGUGUUUGAUUUUAAAUGUAUUUUUUAAGUAAUUAUAGUACUUAUACUGGUAUAAAAUUUAGAAAGAUUUAUAAACUUUUCCGAGUGCAUCAAUAUGUAUGUGAAAAAUGCAGCCUUAAACGUCCAAUGACUAAACAUCCAAUGACUAAACGUCCAAUGACAUUUAUCACGUAGUACUACAUAUAUACACUCGGAAAAGUUUAUAAAUCUUUCUAAAUUUUAUACCAGUAUAAGUACUAUAAUUACUUAAAAAAUACAUUUAAAAUCAAACACAAAACUAAAUGCUAUCCUUUUAUUCAUUUAAUUAUUUCUUAAAUGGACAAAAGACUUUCAAGUGGAUUUAAAUUUUUCCGUGCGUGUAUGCAGGUACGAAAAAUGCUUUACCUGCGAAGCAGCCAAGUCUAACACGUAAUUGCAAUUCAAAAUCAGCGUAUGUUUUGGAGUAGUGAACCUUCGGAGUAGUGAACCUUCAGACUAGUGAACCUUCGGACUAGUGAACCUUCAGACUAGUGAACCUUCGGACUAGUGGGAAGUCACCGUUUUAAAGAGCUGGGCUUAAAAGAACUACCCAUCUUAUGAGUUUAACCGAUCUUUAUUGUCCAGCGAUAAACCUGAUAUUUUUCAUUCAAUUGCUUCCGAUUACCCUCUUUUAAAACGGAAACCACAGUUGAAAUCUUCGUCAUAUUUACCUGAGUACAUUAUACCAACACAGAAAACAUCAGGUAACAUUUUCUUCAUGAAUUAUUAAUUAGUACAAACUAGCUAUUACAUAAUGUUUGUAGCCAUGCUGAAAUUUUCCAUUUACAGUAGUCUCAGAUGCCAAAGGUAUGUGAAUGAAUGAAUUAAAGUAUUGAAUAGCAGUGCAUAAAAAAAUUAAAGGAGAUAAUAUGGGACUUUUUUGCUGUUAUUAAUUAAUUGGUUGAUUCUCUUUUAAAGACAACAAAAGUAAUUCACUUUAAAUUGUUUUGCAAUUAAAUUUCACAACAUGCUUUUAUGGUGACUGCAUCAAAGAAAAUUGAAAAUGAUCAAAUAAAAUACUAGUUAGUUCUUAGUUACUACAGUACAGGGUUAAUGCCACACAAUUUAAUCAUCAAGGGAAUAGUUGACUGUUGCUAAAAAUGGGUUACUGUAGCAGUGUAGUGCAGUGGUUUUAAGUUCACAUAAUUGUUAAAAACAAUGUUCCUGUCUCUUUCUCUUAAUAGUUAUUGCAACAUAUUAAUCCAGUGGUAAUAUCCACAGCACUUUCCGGAGCCAAAUGUUAUGCUAUAAAACGGAAUAAUGGAUUCAAAUACCUUUUCGAAAAUGGAGUGACAACCCCAAGUAAAAGUACAAUAGAAAACAUAAAGAAAAACAAGCUGGGUGAAGUAAAUGUCAAGAAGAACUUCCUAAGAGAAAAUAUUCAAGAGACUACUAUCAAGAAUAAAAAUUCCAAUAAAUCAUGUGCAGUGAUAUUUCGACGUUCAUUGGUGCAAAAACAACUCCGGGAAAGUCUUGACAAAUGUAAGUUUUAAGAUAUACUGUUAAACGUCCAAUUUAGUCGAAAAAUGUGGCGCAGUAACCUCCAAAAUGGUUUACACAUCAUUGGCAAAAAUCUGUGAAUCAAAAGAUGCUUUUUUAAAAAAGUAACAUCACUUUUCACUAUCGCUGUGGUUUGCUACAGGUUUUUGUUAACAUGGGACAUAAAAUAACGUUUUUUGCAAUUUCCAAAUUUACCAAGCAUGUAUGUGUAAUGGUUACACUGUAAUCAUCAGGUACAUAAGUUCUUUAUCAUAAGUUCUUCUUCUUCAUCAUCUACAUGUUUUGCAUAACAUAUUAUGUUGAUCGAAGCAUUAAUUAAUCUUUCAUUUUUUGAACUUGAAGGAUUUAUUGCAUAGCAUGUCAAAUAUGUGUUUAUUUAAUUAAUAAGUAAAUGUAUUUUUUUCUUGCAGUACUACAUUACCAAACUCCAGUUGAUGAGUUGGGUAAGAUAUUUAUUUCUAAUUUUAAAAAAAAAUAAUGGUUAUCACUCAUAAUGUGUCCUUUCACUGUAGAUGAAACUUUGACAGAGGAAUUUAAAAAGAGCUAUCCAUUGUUUGUAAGAUUUUAAACAUAAUUAUUUCUAUUCGUCAAAAUUGUCUUGUAUUAGACAGAGUAACAUAAUGUAGUGUGCAUUAUGAUACAGUGCAACUUGAUGGGUUACAGGUAAACUUAUAUGGGAAGUGUUCCUCUUUUCACUUCCUAACUCAUUCGGAAUUUUCCUCAUUAGCUUUGCAAAUUUGAAAAACUAUUUGUAAAUCUCUUGAGGGAAUUUGCAAUGUUCCUAUCGGCUGUUGCAAUAUUCCAAUGCAAAAAAAACCUUCAUUUUAAAUUUUCCUAACUUCCUGCUUUAAUUUCCUGACUUCCUGUUCCGAGCAUUGUCAUUGGUAGCCUCCUGCGCAGAUGUUGUUAGAGGCCUCGGCCACUAUAAAAUAAACAACGUCUGCGCAGGAGGCUAUGUCAUUGCUGGAUUAUUUUUGUUGGCGGAUUAUUUUUGUUGGCCAAUUGCAACGCACAGAACAGAACAGGAAGUUAGGAACUUGUAACAGGAAGUUAAGAACUUCUAACAGGAACUGAGGAAAAUUUAAUCUGCUUUUAGCAACAUUGCAAAUUUCCUCAGGUGAUUUGCAAGGGAAUUUCUUAAUUGCAAAGGUAAUGAGAAAAAUUGCAAUCAAUUUAGAAACUCAAAAGAGGAAUGCUUCAUGUAGUUUGCCUGUAAUAGAUUUUGAAUAUGUUAUGUUCCAAGGUUCUGUAGACAACCAAUGGCUUGUAAAUGACAAUAAAAUAGUCGCAUAUGGCAAAAUGGAAAAUGGAGAAUUUGUAGUGAUUAAUCCACUGGAAAAGAAUAUAAAUCCUGGCACCAAGAUAAACAUUGAAGAAUCAGAUAUGUCUCAUUGUAAUUUCCCUGUGGGAACACGGGUGAAAGUUGCAAUAAAUGAACAGGUAUAGCAAUAUCAAAUGAACAACUAAAGGUAGAUCAGCUUCAAAAAUAUUUUGCUGUACAUACUCAAACUAAAUGUAGAAAGCUAGCAAAUAUUUUGCAAAGUGUCAGCCACUACCCAUCUAUGAUGGAUUCUGCAAAAUAGUACCUUCAGUUAUUUCUUUUUAAUUUGUCAUUACAAAAUAAAUAUUGAAGUAAUGUUUUGAUACACUGAAAAAAUUUAACCCAUUGUGGAUAUCCCAGUACGAGAUUAUUUCCAUCUAACACCAGAUGAGACAAGUGUACGAGUACUUGCAAGAGCACGAUCUAAUCACCUCAGAACAAUUUGGUUUUCGCCCUAAGUUAUCCACAGGCAUUGCUUUGACACAACUCACUGAGGAAAUAUUGCACAAUCUCGACAAUAAAUUGGUUACCAGUGCAGUUUUUAUCGACUUGCGAAAGGCGUUUGACACGGUAGAUCACGAGCUGCUAAUUUUGAAAUUAAGAAAUCUUGGUUUUUCAAAGUCUGUCAUUAACUGGUUCACGUCCUAUUUGUCAUCAUGUACAGUAGUCACAUCUAUCAACAAUUCAACAUCGAGUGCAAGGCCAGUCACCGUUGGUGUGCCGCAAGGAAGCAUAUUGGGCCCGUUACUUUUCUUGAUAUUCAUUAACGACUUGCUUCAAUGUCUUAAUAACUGUAAGUCGAUUCUUUAUGCUGAUGAUACAUUAUUGUACUACUCUGCAAAGUCAACAACAGAGCUUGAAGCUAAAAUAAACGCUGAUUUACAAUCACUUUCACACUGGCUAAGUAACAAUCUCCUAACUUUAAACUACGAGAAAACCAAGUUCAUGAUCUUUACCAACAGAAAGCAGUCGUUUAUCAAUGUAAACAUCAUGAUUCAGAACGAAAAAGUAUCACAGGAGAAAUCAAUGAAAUAUCUUGGAGUUACUUUUAGUGAAGAUUUAUCUUGGCACGAGCAUAUUGACAAAACAAUCUCCAAAAUUAAUCAAAGACUUGGUGUUCUACGACGCAUCAAAGAUUUCUUGGACUUGGAUACACGUUAUAUUCUUUAUACGUCUCUAAUACUGCCACUGUUUGAUUAUGCCGAUACCAUUUGGGGUGAUAACAACAAUUCGGUGCUGAUGGAUUCCCUUCAAACUUUAGAGAACAAAGCUGCAAAGCUGAUCUUAGAUGAACAUUCACGCUAUUCUGCAACGGAAGCACUACGACGACUAAAAUGGACAACACUUAAAGCUAGAAGACAUAACCAUAGAUGUAUAUUUAUUUAUAAAUGUUUAAAUGAUUUAAUUGACUUUAAAUUUGAAUUAACAAAGAACGAAGACAUUCACAGCCAUUACACGAGAAGAAAAAACGACCUCCACCUCCCAAAGACGAACACAAACAAGGGAAAACAAAGACCAAGCUACCAAGCAUCAAAAGACUUUAACAACCUAGAACCAGACAUUAGAAACGCUAACUCGUUAUACAAGUUUAAAACUCUAUUAAAAAACGCUGUGUAGGCGAGAAUUACAUAGUAAACAUAGUCUUAGUUCCAUUACGUUUUGUAUAUAUAUAUAUAUAUAUAGUAUAAGUAUGUUAACGCAUGUUAUUGUAGAUUUGCAUGUUAUUUUGUAAUGUAUAUGUAUAUUGAAGUUGAAAUUUAUAAUGCAGGACCCCACUGAAAAACACUUCGGUGACGUGGGUAUCCUGGAUAAAUAUAAAUAUAAUAAUAAUAAUAAUAAGAUGAUUUUACUCAUCAACAGAAAGGCACUAGCCUGCGUAAAGAAUGUAUUAUGCCAUAAUCUAUGAAACAUUGUGGUGGCAUUCAUGGUUAUCAACACACAGCAGUGCUACCCAGAUCUGAUCAUAGUUAAUUAAGACUUUGAACAUUCUGAUUGGAAAGGUCAAUAAAGUUCCAAACUUCCAGCCGUCUGAACAAAGUAAAAAAUAAAUCGAACUCAGUAAUUGUCAUUAUUCAAAGUCAAACCGGAUGUUCUCUUGCAAGCAACAUUGUCCCACAAUAUUUCAAUUUUGAAAGGCAGUUUGCUCUGACAUCUUUGCAUUGUAUUGAAAAUUUAGUGGUUUGACACACAGAGAAGUACAUUUACAAUGAAUGUCAUAUGUAGAUCACGAGCAGUCCCUCAAGAGAAAGUAGGGACCGCAGACAACACAUCAAGAAACAAAAUAUGCCCACUUUUUGCUCUUGUCAUGUUGACUCUGCCUUUGCAUAAACAUUACUUAUAUCCAAUUAAACCUAUCCAAUAGGAACUGUUAAUGUCAUGUUUAUUUAUAAUUCAACAUUCAGCUUGGAAAUUAUUUAUAGCAUAAUCACUACAUAAUACCAGAUUUUAUUGACAUGCAUUUCGACCAAUGGGGAUUUUGUGUUGUGUGCGGGUAACACAAAUUUUGUUUCUUGAUGUGCUGUUGGCAGUCCCUCCUUUCCUUUCUCAUGCAGAAAGGAGGGCUGCUCUCAGUCUAAGUCAAAUGUCACAAUAAUAUUAAUUUCGAUUUUGAAAAUAAAAGUUCAAAGUUUGUUGAUAUUCAAAUUAGCCAACCAGAAACAUUACGAGUGGCUUGACCAAUCAGAAUCAAGGAAGCACUGCUGGGGUUAGAAAAAUGCAAUGCAAGAGAACAUCUGGUUUGACUGUAAUAAGAACAACACUAUGAUAAACUUUACAGAACACCAAGGAAGAAGAAGAAUCUGAAGAAGAAGAAUCUGAAGAAGAAUCUGAAGAAGAAUCUGAAGAAGAAUCUGAAGAAUCCGAGGAAGAGAAUGAUAAUAAUAAACGUGGCCAGACACAGCAACAGAAUGAUCAGGAUGAGGAUGCCACCAAAGAACCUGGUGAUGACACCAAAGAACCUGGUGAUGCCACCAAAGAACCUGGUGAUGCCACCAAAGAACCUGGUGAUGACACCAAAGAACCUGGUGAUGAUACAGUAAAGCAAAACAAACAGAAUGAGCAGGAUACAACCAAAGAAGUUAAAGAACCCGGAGAUGAUCCAGUUAAGCAAAAGGAACAAAAUGAGCAGGAUACAACAAAAGAAUUUAAAGAUGAUCCAGUAAAGAGAAAUGCAGGAAAACGGAGAAGACGGGCAGAUGAGGCGUUGGUCGAUCUUCUAACAGUGCCUGUUUGUGGAAAAAGGCAGAGAAAGGCGACUAAUCAAUAA